AUGGUCCGCGAAUCCCAAAACCACCAAGACCCGCACGAAGGCGGCUCAAUCUUCGACAUGGCCUCAAAAGGAACCACCAUCCCCAACGACGCCGGAAAAAUGAACACAAUUCCCUCCGUACCCGGGCCGGACCAACGAGUCGAACACUUCGCCUUCGACAACGACGGCCUAGCAAAACCAACAACAGCCACAGCAGCCGAUAACGCAACCGACAUGCCGCGCUCAACUCGGGACGUUGGACAGAGUGGUGAAGUGCUUACUGGUGCUGGUGAUACGUUGCCUGCUGCUGUCGAGUCGAAGCGUGCCUAUAUGGGGAAUAAUGUUCCUGGUGCGCCGGCUGAUAGUAGGAGUCAGAAGCAUGAUCGGCAGAAACGGGGGGCGUUUGAUACUUAUGCCCAUGAAGAUGAGGAGUCUUGGGAUGCUGUUGGGGAGAGUCAGGCUACGAAAUAG